UCCUUAUUAUUUCAUUGUUAUAAACAUGUCCUAACAUUUUUUUCGUUUUGUCUUCCGACUGCUGAAGUAUACAUUUAACAUAUAUCAAAGAAGAUCUAUCCUCUAGAAAAAAAUGUAUAUACACAUAAGUUAUCGACCGUAAUCAUUGAGCUCGCAAGUUUCGUAUAAGUGUAAAACUUGUUAAAUAGUGGUAUGAUAUGGUUGAGCUGUUCAGUAACUUUAUGUCCAUGUCCAUAUUGUCCAUGUGCAUGUAUAUAUGUACGAACGUACACGUACAUAUGUAUAAUCGUGCGCUGGAUGUAUGGUAUUUAUGUAACGUAACGUAUGCCUGUCAUGUGUAUAGAGGAACGCACAGUAUAGUCUCAUGAUACAUAAGUAAAUCGAUCGAUUGGACAGGUUUAAUUUCCUCAGAAGGAUUAAUAGGACAUGCCCCUAAUUACAAGAAAGAACAAAAAAAAUUCACUACGCUGACGUACAAAAAGGAGGAAUUUGAAUUUAAUGGAUUUUGAUUCGUGUGUUAUACAUUGUGGGUGAAAUGUAUAAUCUUUGCUAGCACAGAAUAGCAAAUGGAAGAUUUUAAAGUGAAAGAUGAACCGAUGGAUGUAUUAAACAUAGACAGUCAGGUUAUGGUAAACGUUUUCUAUGAAACAGCAGCACCAUACAAUAGAAUGCUUCUACAAGGACUCUAACUUAAACCCUUACUUUAAGGACGAAAACAUUGUAAGCGUUGUACUUAAGGAAGAACCAGGCGAUAGAUUUGAUCCAGACUACAUGGAGGACAUCUGUUCUGGGACUUUCGAGAAGGUAUUUUUACCUAUCGAAAAUAACGAAGUUGACUUCUCUAAUGAAAUGGUAAAACUUGAACUGGAUGGAGAAUCGAGUAGCCAUCAGAAUUGGACAGCGCAAAUCACGAGUGCAAAUUUAUGCGACAAAGACGAUGGCGCUAUGCAAAGGUGCUUAACGAACGCAAACUUCAUUCAAGCUCAUGAUGCCGAGAAACACUCCGGGUUCUGCCCGAACGGACAACAACCGAAAUUUUAUAAGAUACAAUGCGCGAUUUGUAAAAAAUGGUUCUUGAACAAUGACUCUAUGGUCACUCAUUUGAGACUGCACUGUAGCGGAAAUCAGUGCGAGGUUUGUCAACAACAUUUUCAGGACAAUUCGAGUCUACAUGCUCACAUGCUAACUCACGUUGGUAUGAGUCCACUGGAGUGCAAUGUUUGUCAAAAACGAUUCGCUUACAAAUGGUGUUUGCGUAGUCAUAUGCAGAUGCACGUGCUAGAAAAACCAUAUGACGAUGCGUUACAACAAGCAUUCAUGAAGAGACCGGAUUCUGAACAUGAUCAGUCAAUGACCACGGAAGACCACAGAAUAUUCGAGUGCGAUGUCUGUCACGCGACAUUUAAAGAAAAAUCUAGUCUGAAUCGGCAUGUGCUUACUCACACAGAAGAAAGGCCGUACAAAUGCGAUGUAUGUUUUGCAGCAUUUAGGGAAAAAGCGAAGUUGAACAUGCAUAUGACGUUGCAUGGAGGAAAUAAACAGUUCAAAUGUACAAUGUGUCAUAGAUCGUUCAUGCAGAAAACGGCGUUAAACAAUCACAUGCUGGCGCACAGCGGCGAGAAACCACACGCCUGUAACAUUUGUGAAAAAACGUAUAAACGGAAAUCGGAAUUGAUAAGGCAUACGAUGGUUCACACUGGCGAAAGACCGUACGAAUGCAAGGAGUGUCUAAUGACGUUUCGAGAAAAGGCGAAGUUGAACUCGCAUAUGCUGGUGCAUACAGGCGAGAAACCGCACGAAUGUCAUAUAUGUCAUAAGGCGUGCGCCCGGAAAUCCGACCUUAACAGUCACAUGUUAUUGCACACCGGUGGUCAAUACGAUUGUAAAGUUUGCGAUAAAAUAUUCACACGCAAAUCGGAUCUAAAUCGGCACACCUUGAUACACACGGGCGAGAAGCCGUUCGCGUGUGAACUCUGCGAAAUGGCCUUUAGAGAGAAGACUAGACUAAAUUCCCAUAUGCUUAUACAUACCGGUGACAAACGGCAUGCUUGUCAUAUUUGUCAAAAGACGUUCAAGGAAAAAUCUUCGCUACGGAAGCAUAUGUUAAGUCACACUGGUGACAGACCGUACGAAUGUUACGUUUGUCAUAAAGCAUUUACUCAGAAAACGACAUUAAAUAGUCAUAUAUUGGUGCACGCCGGGGAACGACCGUACGAGUGUAGCGCGUGUCAGAAAAUAUUUAAAGAUAAGCCUACGUUGAAGAAACACCUAUCCAUGCACAUAAAUGAAAAAACUCACGAAUGCCUGAUAUGUUUAAAAAAAUUUGCCCACAAAGCUGCAUUAAAUAGUCAUUUAUCAUCGAAUCAUACAUGUUAAUACGAGGGAUCUAGUCUAUUAUAUAUAUCUCGGCUUUUAGUUACUUUUUAUCAAGCACUAUUCGUCUAUAGCUGCGUAAACAUCUGUGUACAUCCGUUCUAUAUGCUCACUGGUCCAUUCGAUCGCAUUCUUUUAUGUAUUUUACGUAUAAUAAAUUAAUUUGUAAUUAAGUAA